CGCUGACCUCACUUCCGGCUUGCUUCUGGUAGCUUCGGAAGUGUGUGCAUGUUUUGGAUUCUUUUUUUAAAAAUUAAGAAACAGCUGCCGACACUGGAUAAGCGCGGGGAAUAUAGUGACUACUGAGAAGCACGAUGGAGGAGCAGCCCACAGACAUAGAGGUGACCGUGAAGACGUUAGAUUCUCAGAGCAGAACUUACAACGUCCGAGCACAGCUGACAGUGAAAGAGUUCAAGGAGCACAUAGCGCCCUCUGUUGGCAUCCCCAUUGACAAACAGAGGCUGAUCUACCAGGGCCGUGUACUGCAGGAUGACCGCACGCUUCACGACUACAAUGUUGGGGGUAAAGUCAUUCACCUGGUGGAGAGAGCCCCUCCACCGGCCUCUCAGCCCGGCUCCGGCUCUGGCGCCUCUCCCGUUGAUAGUGCUGGCUCCUCCUCCUCACAGCAGGGGGUGCCACAGGGACCACCACACGAUCGAAAUGCCAACAGCUAUGUGAUGCUUGGGACAUUCAACCUGCCAGUCAAUAUCAUGGACCCACAGCAAAUACAGAUGUCUGUCCAACAGAUGGUGUCCGGAAUGGGAGAUUCCGCACGUAACGCGCGAGUGACCACAUCCACCGGGAGUAACGGCUCAGUGAAUGUGCACAUCGAUAUGGAGCAGCCGGUGCAGAGUGAACCGCGACUGAGGCUCGUUUUGGCUGAAAAUCUGCUGCGAGAUGUCAACGAGAUGAUCAGUCGAAUGGAGAGCCGCUCCAGUGACGCAUCCUCUCAGACAGACGCAGCCACAGCGCCCUCUUCUGGCUCCUCUCCUUCAGUGCAGCCCAUGGACACGUCUCCUCCUGCCUCCACCCCCCCUCCUCCACCCUCGUCCACUGCUCCAUCUGAGGGACCCACGCCUCAGCCAGGGCCCAACCACCCCAGCCCUGCAGAGCUGGCGGAGAUGCUGACGGAGCUGAGGAGGGUGGAGGAGAGACUGCAGCCUUUCAUCCAGAGAGCACACACUAUUCUGGAGACAGCCACCAGCGCAGAGUACACCAACAACACAGAGAGAGAGGAGAACCAGCGUGCACUCACUCUGACCUGGGAGUGUUUACGUCUCCUUGGAAACGCUCUGGUUGCCCUGAGCGACCUGAGGCUGAACCUGAUGAGUCCAGUGCCCAGGCACCUCCAUGUGGUGCGGCCCUUCUCCCACUACAGCGCCCCCUUCAGUGCACCGCUGCCUGGAGCAAUGCACCCACCCAUCCCUCUGCAAAUGAACUUGGGUGCCACAGUGACUGUCGCAGCCAACAGCACUGAUGGACAAGCCCCUCCCCCUCCAGCGACCGGCCAGUCGGAGCAGGCAGGUCAGGGACAAGCCCCUCCUUCUCAGACUUCCCCGUCCAAUCAGCAGGCUGCACAAGGGCAGGCUGGUGGCCCCCGGGUCAUCAGGAUCAGCCACCAGGCCGUGCCGCUGGUUCUGAUGCAGAUGAACGCGGACGCUCCAGGUGGAAACGCCCCAGGACCUGGACCAGCCCCCGGGCCACAGAUGCCAGGACAGCCAGGACCGCUCCCUCAGGACUUCAUGCGUAACCUGAUGCAGCAGAUCAGUCAGUACGCCGCAGCCGUAGCCACCAGCGCUGCCACUGCUGCCGCCACAGGACAAACAGCGCCCCCUACAGCCGCCCCAGGGCACAACACCACUCCCACCUCCACCCCCGCACCUCCUCCUCCGUCUGCCCACGGAACACCUCCUCAGCCCAGGGUCGUGUUCGGCAGACCGCCCUUCCCUCCAAACAUGCCCCCUCCAGCCUUUGGGACCAGAGGAACCACCAUCAACGUGAGGGCUGCCAUGCCGGGACAGCAGCCCGGACAGGCCUUUAACCCUGCAGCUCUGAACCAGAUGAUCAGUGGACUGGUGGGACAGCUGCUGCUGCCUGGACAAAUGGCUGGACAGUCAGUCACCUCCUCCACCUCCUCCACCACCUCCACCAGUUCCUCCUCUACCUCCACAUCUUUCUCCACCACCACCUCUUCAUCCUCCUCUUCUUCCUCCUCUUCUUCCUCCUCUGGCUUCACUGCUGGAGCUCCUAACCAGCCUGAUCCUCCGUCUGCUCCCUCCGCGCCCCCUCCUCAGCCCCAGGACCUGCCUCCAGACCUGGGCCAGCUGCUGGGCUCUCUUCUGGGCAUGGCCGGAGGAGCCGCGGGGCCCAUGGGUGCUCCCUCCAUCACAGUGACCACCUCCGGAGUGCCAGCCUUCAUUCAGGGCGUCAGUGACUUCAUGCAACAGGCGUCCCAGCCGGUGUUCACCCCUCCCCCCUCUGCCGCUUCUGGCCCGGCCCCCACAGCGCCCCCCACUGGUGCUCCUGGUCUGAGCCCCGGGGCAGAGGGCUUGAACCCGGAGCUGUUCACGGGGAUCCUGGGCGGAGUGCUGCGGACCAUGAUGGGCUCUUUGGGACAGAACCAGAACGACACAGAAAGCAUUGCUCAGUUUAUGCAGCGACUGUCCCAGGCCACCAACAUCUUCAUCAGCCCCGAAGACCCCUCUGGUUUCUUUGGGGAGCUCCUGAUGUUGGUAUGUCAGACCUUCACUAUGUCUGACCUUGUUCUUCUGCUGCACGGACAGCACCAGCCUCUGGGCCGGAUCCAGCCUCAGCUCGCACAAUUCUUCAGACAGAACUACCUGAACGGCCGUGAGCCCACUGAGCAGAACAUAUCUGAGGCUGCUGAAAGUUUAAUAAACGAACUGGAGGAUUACAUCACUGAAAGCUUUAGAGAGUCGUCUGUGUCGGUGCUGGAUGGAGUCGAUGCCACUCAGACAAACAUGGCCUUCUUCAGACAACAGCUGAGACAGAUCGCUACACACAUCCUCCACUGCACAGAUGAGAGUUUCGGGCCCCGGCUGCUGCAGAUGUGUAACUCUGCACUGUUCCAGUGUUUGGCUCUGAACCUGUUCUGUCUGAGAGGAGACCAGCACGCCCUCACCGCCGUCAUCAACCACCGCAUCAGACGCAUGUCCAGUGACAUCAGCCCCAGCCUGGUCAACUGGAUGACCAGUAUGAUGAGCAUGAGGCUGCAGGUGAUUCUGGAGAACAUCCCUGUGCCCUCAGAGCAGAUCCAGCAGUACGUCGUCUACACACAGAGAGAUCAUCCUUCAGCCUCAGAGCCUCCGGAGCAGGGCCCAAGCGCCACGGCGGGGGACACUCUGUCUCCGGCCGCCGCCACCACAGCCGAGGAGGCCAUGUCUGUCGCUGAGGAAACCAUGCCCAUUGCCCGGGAGACGGCGCCAUCGUCACGGGAACACAGGCCAUUACCGAGCGACCUGGGAGCGACGGGAGGGGCUGGUCCUUUGGGGGGCGCUGUGCCGCUCGGAGCAGAGGGAGGGAGAGAGGAGUCUGAGGCCUGGGCUGCAGCUGUGCCACCGGAGUGGGUGCCCAUCAUUCGCUGUGACAUGAUGACUCAGAGGAAGAUCAAGUCCCAGCCUCCUCUGUCUGAUGCCUACCUGCAGGGUAUGCCCGCCAAGAGGAGGAAGACCGGACAGGGCAGUGGGAGCCUCCUCUCUCUCUCUGACGCUGUGUCUCAGGCUGCCCGCUCCGCCGGCGUCCGACCAAUCACCUCCUCCGAGAGACUGCAGAACGACCUCGACGCCGACGAGCUGCGAGAGGCCUACUCUGAACAGGUGAAGUCUGAUUUGAAGAAGAGGAUUCGCGAGGACCCAGAUUUCAACUCCCAACAGUUCCCAAACUCGCACAGAGCCUUUUCCCCAGACUCCUAACACUUAUGAAUCCGGGCCUCCGAUUGGUCGCCUAUAAAUGAUGUCAUCACAUUCUCAAAGUUCAUUGUCCUCUGUCAGUAUAAAUCACCUACGUAAUACUUUUUUUUUCAUUUGCUUCAAAAUAAUGUGUCACUUUUCAAUCAGGUGAAAUGAUAGAUCGCUGACAAGAGGCGCGCUGUGACUUGUGUGUGUGGCGGCUGCUAGUUUCCAUGCAGAUGUUAUUACUACGCGUGGAAAGUUUCAACGUAUUGGUAUUUUAUAUUUUAUUGGAAAAAUGCAUUCUUACUGUGAGCUGAGUCUCCUCUUCACAGAUCUGACCAGUAACAUGGCCUCUUGGCGUUACCUUGCUUGUGUCAGUGAAGCAAAUUUAAUACCAUACUUAGGAAUAUUCACGGCAAAGCAGCAUAGUGUGGUCAUGAUACUGAAAUUACAAACUCGAUCUUGAUUUCUUUUUUAGUAUCGAUACCUGCUCAAAUGAGUAUCUAAUUUCUAGUUUCAGUAUUAAUUCGUUUCUGGUUUUCGAUAUUUUGACAACCCUAAAUUGUUAGUAAUAUCUCCAUGGCAACGAUGAGCAGGCGGCGGACCCCAGAGGUGGGGGACUUGCAUGUUGUGACAUGGACUCGAGUCAGACUUGAGUCACUAUUUUUAGGACUUGACUUGAUAAAAUAGACAAAGAUUGGGACUUGACUCGGACUUGAGCCCAGUGACUUGGAAAGACUUGAUGAUUCUCCUAAAAAAUAUAUUUUUAGGAAAGACUUUUCUCUUUACAGUUGAUAAAUGCAGCACUUCAUUUUACAGAAACAAACUGGAACAUGUCCCUCCCACUUCUGUUUGUUACUUUAGAUGUAACUGAAGUACUGUGAUGUGUAUCAUCAAAUGUACUACAGUAAUGUACAGUACAACACAGUAAUGUACAGUACAAUACAGUAAUGUACAGUACAAUACAUGUACAGUAAAACAGAAGGAACUACAUAGAACAUGAUCCUUCCAUUUCAGUGCAGACGACUUGACAAAAUAACUUGUUAAACACUUUUACAUCUGAAUUCUUUCUGUUCUGACUGUAAUGAUUUGCUCUCUUGUCAAGACAUUAAAAAAGGAAAAAUGGCAUUUCUACAACUCGUAUAUAAAUACUCAAAUACCAUGACUUUUUAAGUACAAUUUAGUUUAAAAUUCAUAUAAAUUGCAUAAAUCUAAGCUUAUAUUUGGUACUUUUUUGGUUUAAAGACUCGAAAUGACCCGAAGCUCAAAGCAGAAGACUUGGACUUGACUUGGACUUAUGAGCCAGUGACUCGAGACUGGACUUGGACUUGCCUGUAUUUGACUUGGGACUUGACUCGGACUUGAAAUCAAAGACUCGAGACUCGCAAAACAAAGACUCGGCCCCACCUCUGCCGUACCCUCAUUCUGAAAAGUUACACAGUGCAUCUUUAAACGUCAAGUAAGUGAGUUUGUGAAGCCAAUCAAACGUAAUCAUGAUAGGACAUUUGAUUUCUUCCAAACAUUAUGCUUCAGCCAUAGAUUUCUCAGAUUACACACACAUUUUAAUUUGUUUUUUCCCGUUCCUCACCUGUGCCUCUCCGCUGCUUGGUCCUGUUCUGUUCAGUGCAUAUUUAUUUUAAAGGGCUCAUAUUACACUAUUUUCUGAUUUACGUUACAAUGUUGUUUCCUCAUCGCAAACAUACCUGGAGUUUUGGUUCAUUCACAAACAAUUAACACCCAAAUCCUGCAUAUUUAGGCUGAGUUCUUCUCUUAUACAAGAGGUUUUCCACACACCUUCACUAGAAUCAUUUGAAUCAUUUUAGCCCUGGAAUUGCCGAUCUCUACUGAACAUCACAAGGUGGAGCAGAGCGUUUUGAGCUUUGGAGAUGCAGACAGACUAAUAAUAAAGUGUUACUCAGACGUGUGAAUGAAACAAAACACAACUCCAGGUCUGUUUUUGAGGAGGGAACGACAUUCUAACUUGGUCUAUUAAAGCUCACGUGAGUCAAGUUUGUGUAAUAUAGAACCUUCAAGCUUUCGUCUCGUCUCAGCUCCUCUGUGUCCAUGAGUCAGUGUUGUUUUUUUCGUUUUAUUUGACUUUCUACGUUUUUGCCUUUUUCUCACGAAAGCACGAGUGGAGUUCUGAAUAUUUGCUACAUGAAUGUACAGUACGCAAUAAAACCUUGAUACACAAA